CCGCGCCGAGCCAGGCCCGGCCGCCUCGCACCUGGUGCCCUUGUGCAUCCUGCUGCUGGCGCUGCUCUUCUUCGGCAUGCUGGGGCUGUCGUAUUUGCGGUUGGCCCGCUCCGACGAGACGAACGGCAGCCGGCCGCCGCUGGAGACCGCGCUCAACGACGCCGGCUCCGUGGUCACGUUCCCGAUCUGCGGCAACGAGGACGUGGAUCUGGAACUGGGCUGUGUGAAGCGGGAGCGGCUGGAGGCGGCCGUGGUGCUGCUGGCGUCCGUGCAGCCGGCGGUGGUGGCGACGGCGCGGGACGCCCUCUGCGGCCGGCGCGAGCACGCCGCCGUGCCGCUCUCGGAGCUGGCCGAGAUCACCGACACCGACGACCUGGACCGGCUCCGCGACGUGGCCACGGUGGUGGCCUACAACAAGGAGCUGGGUCUGCGCGCUGACCUGGCGGCCGCCGAGAUCAGCCUGACCGCCGUGGGCGUCACCAAGCCCUGGCUCUGUCUGCUGGUCGAGGCGGCGCGGCUGCUUGCCAAGUGGACCUUCACGCUGACGGCCGUGGUGGUCGGUGCGGUGGCGCUGCGAACCGGACUGGCCUGGCGACGGCGACGCCUGCAGCGCCAGCAGCAGGAACUCUGCGACAUGGUCGACAGGAUCGUGGACGUGGUUCGGCGUCACGCCCUCUCGCCGGGUGGCGCCGACGAGGCGUUCGUGCCGGAGAAUCACGUGCGGGACGAGCUGCUGACGCCGGCGGAGCGCUCGAACCGCGGCCAGAUGGCGCUCUGGCAGCGCGCUGUGCAGCACAUCCGCGAUGGGGAGGGCCGGGUGCGUGAGGAGUGUGUGCUGGUGGCCGGCGAGUCGCACCUGGUGUGGCGCUGGAUGCCGGGUAGCGCGGCGAAGGCGGCCGGCGGCCCGGGUCGGCGCCGCAUCUGGCUCGGCCAGGCCUUCCAGACCAGCAGCGGCGUGAACACGCCCGUGCACACGCGCACCUCCUGCCUCAAGAUCCGGCACAUGUUCGACACCAGCUGCGAGACUGGCACGGCGUGGAUGCAGGAGGUGCAGGACGCGCUGCUGGAGAAGUGCGGCGAUGACGUGGCCGUGCUGCACAUCGCCGUGGACGACCGCAGCACCGAGGGCCUUGUCUACGUCAAGUGCCGCUCGGAAGCCGACGCGCUCACCGCCUUCAAGCGCAUCCAGGGCUGCUGGUUCGACGGCCGUUUGGUGUCGGUCAAGUUCAUCCGUCUGACGCGGUACCACGAACGGUACCCGGACGCCGUGCGCGCACAGACGCCGCUGCAGCCGUCCAACCCGCUGCGCCGUUCGGUGGCCGGCCUGCAGCAGCCGCAGCCUGAGGACGACUAGGCGGCCGCCCAGCUGGCCGGCGGGCCGGCUCCUCUCUCCGGGGAGUGGCCGCCACGCACCCCAUGUUCACCGGCGACUCCGUGCUGGACUCGCCACCCCUCCUCUUCACAAGGGUCCACUUCAGCUGCCCACAUAUUGUCCAUCGAUCGGUCCACGCCCCCUGUUGGUCGUCUCUCCUUGAGAGGCAUCCCCACACCGGCUGGGCGUCCACCCCGUCAUCGGUCGACGCCGUGUCAGCGAGGCCGGUAUCUGCCAGCGCCAUCCGACUCCCCCAUCCCCUCCCCCGCGGCUGUCCACUGCUGUGGGUAAACUCGUCUUAUUCCCUGUGCGCCUCGUUGGCGCCUUUCACAACGUUUCGGCCCUUCUGGUACCUCGUGUGGCUCUCCACAGACCCCCGUCCGUGUCCGCUGUGGCCGGCUCGCGGUGGAGCGAGCUUUGACCGGGCGCGCAGCGGGCCAGCGCCCCGUCGCGCCAACUGUACAUACGUCACCCGAGUGAUGCUACUCCAUGAUUGAUGUGCCUUCCGAAGUGGCGCCGCGUGUUGUGCGGCGCGGCGCGUGCGGUUUUGGUAUUUGGUCGCGCGCGGUCCGGCUUGUCUAAUGUGUAUUGUGUGGGCCGCGGCUGACGGCGGCGUCGCGCCCAGUUCGUCGGUCCGGCCGGACGAACCGCAGCCCCGUUGCGGUGCCGGCCCGGCUCAAGCUGGCCGGGAGACGCGCUGUCUGGCGCCGGUAGAUAAGUGGUUCUAGCAGUGGCUUUGGGAGUCCCUCGCACGCCGGAUGCGUGCGGUUUUAACACUGAUGCGUGAGCAACGUCCUGACGCGGCCGACGGCGCCCGCCGGCAGCUCGCGCGGCUCCACGGCUGGCGGGCCCGCCGCGAGUGCGGCUCCGCCUGACGUCCCGCACCGGGCAUCGCGGCGACCUGAGCCCAAGGCUCAGCGGCCGGGAGCCGUGGCCUGAGCGGCCGGGGUCGUGAGCUCCGCCCGGAGUGACCAGUGUUCGGCGGCACGACGGCUCGUGCCGCCGUGCCGGGCUCGGGCCACUCACCUUGCAUAUGUCAGGCUGUGGACGGUGACUUGGUGUGUGUGUGCGCGCGUGCGUGUGAGAGCGCAGUUCAACAGUACAAUGGCGGGGCGAGGGGCGCGCCGCCCGUGUCGGCUCUCGACUGCCACACGCGCUCAUCCUGUGCCCUCUGAAGGGCGCGCCACCGGUGUCGGCUCUCGGCUGCCGCACGCGCUCACCGCUUGUCCGCCCCUCGCUGUCGCGCGCCGCUUCUGCUAUCAAUAAUAAACCCCGCCCCCGCAAUCGGCGUCUGUGCCGAGCGACCCCAGUCGAGUCGAGUCGAACCGAGCUGAAAGCCGAGCAGAGUCCAGAGCUGAGCCGAGCUGAGCUGACCUGAGAGGCCGAGUUGAGGUGACCAGAGCCCAGGGCCGAGUUGAGCUGAGAAUCCAGAGCUGAGCCGAACUGAGGUGACCAGAGAGCCAGAGGCGAGCCGAGCUGGGCCGAGCUGAGAGCCCGGAGCUGA